CGCCUGUAUCUGAACAUAAUCAAGAUUAUAGUCGUUUAGUACGUGAAAAAGCUAAAGAAUUAGAAAAACAAAUUGAACUAUUUGAAAAAGAAAAUGGAAAAGUACAAUCACUAUGUAAUGAACGUAAUUUAGCUAUUAAAAAAUUAAAACAAGAAAAACGUUUAUUUGAGCAACAUCGACAACAAUUACGUGAUCAUCCCGAUAAAUGUGAACGAGAAGAAAUUGAGUUAUUAAAAAAUCAAGUUUUAACCUUACAAGAAGAUUUAAAACAACGUGAAACACUUUGGUCAACAACAAUCAAUCGUUUGAAAGAACGUAUUGAACCAUUAGCAUAUGAAAAUGCCGAAGUAAAACAAGAAAAAGAUAUUAUUGAACGUAAGCGACUUGAUCUUAUGGAACAAUUACAAACAAUUUCUAAAUAA